AUGGAGCUGAGGUUGAGGCCUGAGCAGCGGGAAUGGUGCCGCCAAGCGUGUGUCCCUCUCAAGAACAAGGCAGCCCAGCAAGCCAAGAACGAAUACCAGCGGCUCGUCACCGCCCAUGCUAAUGAAAUGCUCCAUGUUUCCACGAGUGAUCACCCAUAUUGCCGCAGCGCCACCAGGGUGGUGCUGCAAGGCAGCUCCGAGUUUGUCAACGCGAAUUUCAUCACUCCGAAUGCCAUCUGCGGGGGAGAACCAGAUUCACCCCUCCAUUUCUGGGAGAUGGUCGUGCAGUGCAAAUGCCGAGCAGUCGUCAAGCUCACACAGGACAUGGCUAGCGAAUACUUCCCACUGAGAACAGGAGAAUCGCAGGUGUAUGGUAGAAUCACAGUAACGAACCGGGGCUUCUCGCGCAGCAGCAACGAAGUCACGAAACGAAUCCUCGAAGUGGAAUGCCAAGGCUAUCAGCCUUUCACGCUUGAGCAUUUCCAAUACUCGUGGGCUGGGAUUGGCCGUGCUGGAACCUUUAUCACAAUCGAUCACGUACUGAGAUGCAUUCUUGGUGGAAAUCUUAGCGUGGUGAAUAUUUCCGAGACUGUGGCUCGUCUAAGAGAACAGCGGCGUGGAUUGGUCGAGACACAUGACCAAUACUGGUUUUGUUUCAAAGCAGUCAUCAAGGAACUCGAACUAUUGAUGUUCUCGGCGCAGCCCAAAAAUCAAGAGUUUCAUGCCAGCGCCAGGAAACUCGAAGUUUAG